CGUGGACCACAAUGCUGUCUACUCUAUCACACAAAAACCUCACGUCUGAAUAGCUACACCGCCGUCUUUAUUCCAGUAAAUGUAGUGCCAUGCUUGGACGCAUCCAAUAUGACUGACUAGCUAGAUGAACAACUAAGCGAUAUAGGAGAAGAAGCAUGCUGAAAAUCAGGAUGUGCCUGACAACAUUUGGGUUAUUUCUGAUCUUGAGUGUUGCCAUCACUAAAGCUAUUAAAUGCAGCGCAGGGUGCAAUCCUGAAAACGGCUACUGUGAAAAGCCCGAGGAAUGCAGAUGCAAACCAGGCUGGCAGGGUGUAACAUGCAAGCAGUGCAUGCCCUUCCCUGGCUGUCUUCAUGGCAGCUGUGAGAAAGCAUGGCAGUGCAUCUGUGAAGAGGGCUGGAUGGGGAGCCAGUGUGACCAAGACACCAACCAGUGCUCAUCUAAACCAUGCACUGAUAACUCCACAUGCAUCCAGACUGGCCAGGGAGGAUACCUCUGCAUUUGUCUGCCUGGUUACACAGGAGAGAGCUGCCACCUGAAAAAGGGAUCAUGUCUAACAAACGGCUCUCCCUGCCAAAAUGGUGGCACCUGCUCCGAUGCAGGUGGCUUGGCAGCCUACCCUUCCUGCGCUUGUCCCCUCGGAUUCGCUGGAGACUUCUGUGAGAUUGACACGGACAGCUGUAAUCCCAACCCCUGCCUCAACGGGGGCAACUGCACCGACUACGGUCCUGCGUUCACCUGCGCCUGCCCCGCGGGCUUCAACGGCCCCACCUGUAACAACACCCAUGUGGACCCCCUCUCCCCCUGUGCUAGUUCCCCCUGUGGGAACGGGGGCACCUGCGUGGUGGGGAGCCAAAAGAACAGGGCUGGGAUAUACCAUUGUCUGUGCCUCCCAGGGUGCACUUUCACUGGGCAUGAAUGUACACCGACCCAGCAGCCACACAGGCCCAGAGCCAAACUCAGGCUGGCCAAACUCUCCCCAUCACACUACAGCCUACCUGCCCACGCCUUCCAUAAACUACUAAGGCCCCCCGAGAGGGACCUUCUCAAGAUCAGCCUGAAGGAGACGGUUCACUCGGCCUCUGCCGCCAGCCUGGUCACCCGCAGUCAGCUCAUCUGUUUCGGGAUGCUGGGCCUGCUCACCUGCCUGGUGAUCCUGGGAACCACAGGUAUUAUCUUCUUCAACCGCUGCGAGACAUGGAUGGCCAACGCCAAGUACAGCCAUCUGGUGCGCCAGCAGAGAGAGCAUCUGUUGAGAGCCAAUAACAGCGAGGAUGAGGGGGACCGCUCUGUCAACAUCAUCCUCCCUGAGAAGAUCAAGCUCACCAGCUUUGGGAAACAUUACACGUCAAUCUGACAUGUGGGUAUUUUGACUGACCGUCUGCAUAAGGAGUGUGUUUGAGGUUGCAAGGACACCUACAAAACAAAUGGAGAAGGUCAUGGAUUUAAAAUAGAUUUGAAAGAGAAAACUGAAGCUCUCUGAAAAAAUGCAGUUAUUCUGUUCUAAUGUGAUCCACUGUAUGUGGAACUUUCCUCAAGUAAGAGGAUUGAUGCUAAGAUGUACAGGCACUAUGCCUGGAGAAGAAGGACAAUAAUGUAUGCCUGCCUAAUUUUCAGGACAUCCACAAGCUGUCGUUUUAUCUCUUUCAGAUGUUAACUUAUAACAUAAAAGUGCUUAUAAAGCAAAAUAAUAUUUUUUAAAGCAAAAUAACCAAAACAGCUGAUUUUGAUUCUUCGAAGCUUUUGAUCUGAACUAAUUCAAUGUUUUACUUUCCACUUUUAUACUGUAGUUAAUUAUGCAUCAAAUCGUGUACAAAUGUCAGACUUUAAGUCAAUUACAGUGAUUAUCAUAAAGCCCCAAGUUUAUCAUUUUAUUACAAAUCCCAUUGUAGAUAUGCUGAUAUUUUGAACUAGAACCAGUCAGUGCUUUUGAUGGUUAGAUUCUAUUAGUAUUCAGAUUGCUGUUCGUAUUUGUCUUCUACAUAUUGUUGUUAGUGGAUAGGAUACAUCUGCUUUUACAGUAUUCAAGUGAACCGCAUCUUUCCAUUUAUACUGCUUUUUAGUUUUUGAUUGAAUCUAUAUAUUAUCAAAAAAAAUCUGUCUGGAAAUAUCAGCAAGUAUUGUCAAUCUGUAAUGAGCAUAAUACAAUUGUUACGCACCACCAGUAGUGGAUGGUAUAGUACUUUAGAUAUUCAUCCCAUUUUAUAUCGAAUUAGUAUUAUUUUAAAGCACCAAUUAAUUAAACUCUAUAAUUCAGCAAGUGUAUUUACAAAUAUUAAUGUGACUGCAAACUCCUGCUUUGAACAAAACUCCAUCCAAGAUUUCAUACCACAACACAAUCAUCGACCCCUGCAGUUUGUUUGAGGGCAAAAUAGGAUUAAAAUGUGGGUGGCUUUAAUUUACUUUUCCAGGCCAAGAAAAUGUGGGUUGGAGCCAUUAAUCACUGGAUAUGUCAACAACAAAAAUAGGAUGUUGUGUUUGUGUGGUUGGGGCACCGGCAGGAAGUUGGGUACCCAAUUUUCACUCAAGAGAGUAUUCUGCCACAUAUCAUUUCAAACCAUAAACAUUGUAGAAAACACUAGCGAGCCGUUUGGAUUUCGUACUCUUAUUGGUAACAUUCGGUUAGUUUUAACCCACCUGGCAAAGACCUGACUUCAACAUUAAAUCAACAUCCAUAUUUAGUUUUAACUAUGUUUAAUUCAACUUGAUUUCACCUUGAAAUACUGUCAUUGAUUUGUGUUUGAAAAAUAGGUAAAAAUGUUGACAAAACAUUAAUAAAAACAUUGAUAUUCGUUGUCAGGAAUGUUAAAAAUAGGUAUUUCAUAGAAGGGCCCCUUAUCCAUCCUCAGUACAUGUUACAGUGCUAUGUGCUUUUACUGUGAUUUGGUAGAAUAUUGCUUUUUGUGUUUUUCUUGAUCUUUGCUAAUAAAAAUAUAAACCAGUCUUCCUUUUUCAAAUAAGAUACAUUUAUCAAAUACUGUUUCUACAGCCUGACAGCCAUCCCAAAUUUAUAUUUCAACUUACAGGUCUAAAUAUAUGUUUUUUUUUUUCAAGAAGACAAACCUGUAUUUAAAAAAUAAAGUGAAAUAAACUUCCUAUCCUGGUCAGUCCGUAUGUAUUCUGGGCCUGUAUCCACAAAAGCCUCGCAGAGAAGAAGUGUUGAACUAGGAUCUGUCCAUAUAAUAUUAUUCAUUAUGAUAUAAAAGGCUAAACUGAUUCUAGAUCAACACUCCAACUCUGAGACACUUUGUGAAUACAGGCCCAGAUCAUUGUGUGGGUUCCUAGUAUCCGUACCCCGGAAUGGGUUUGCCACCACCUUGUGGAGAAUAUAUCACCCUGUAUAUAUCACCCUGUAUCACCCUGUAUGAAACCAAUGAAAUAAACACUACUGGACUUUUAUAAA